GACGCGAUCCCAACUCUGCGUUGUUGGCACUGCGCGAGCCCCAACGAUGGCGACACGACGCUACAAUGAUACCCGAUGAGUACUCGUCACGCGUGGGGUUAACACGCGGGGUUAACACGCGUGGGGUUAACACACGAGGUUAACACACGGGGUUAACACGCGAGGUUAACGUGUCUGGCUGCGUGAUGGUGAGCAGUUGCGCGCGUCUGUUGGGGGCCCAUGCGUGACCCCGCCGUGCAUGCGACACUUUGUUUGUCGCCGUCUUGCCCAACAGAGGACGACGCGAAACUGUGGCCGAGUCCAGGGGCCGCGUGUGGAGCCCUGGCGAGCCGGGGCGACUACAGUGGAGCGAUUGUGCGGCGUAGAGGAGGAGCCGCAGCCGGUCCCCAGAGCGAGCAACGCGAGACCCCCCACCUCGCGCUGCCAAACGGCGCUCGGAGCCAAGAACGACGCCUCUCCACCACCACCACCUUCCUGCCGCGCGGCUCGCAGACGCAACCAGCGCACCGGCCGACCAUGAGGGCGGCCACGCGGCUUCUGCUCGCAGCGAUGUUGCUGUGGGCGGCGGUGGUGGCCGAGGAGGGCCCCGGCUCGGCAGUCGCGGGGCUGCCGCCGCUGUGGCCUCUCGUGCCGGAGCUGUGGCGCGAGGGGCCGGCGUCGACGCCGCAGGUCGAGCUGGACCCCUGGAGCUACCUGCACCGCAUGGCCAUGUACAAGGCUCUGCUCGCCCGCACCGCGCCCCACACGGAGGCGCUGAGGCCCAACAACACGGGCAACCCGCUGUGGGGCCUCGCCAUGCAGCACGGCUGGCAGAUGGCAUCAGGCCGCCUGGAGGACCCCCUGAACGCCACCGUCUCCUGCAGCCGCACGGGGGCCCCAGGCCCCUGCAUCUCCCCGCGCAGUUGGUGGGGAAGUAUGAACUAUUACCUGUCGGUGCUUCCCUACCUGGCUGCGGCGGACGCGGGCCUGUUUGGGGAGGGGCGAGCGGCGCGGCCCAGAGUGGCCCAAGCGAGCGAGUGGCCCGAGGAAUACUGCACCAGCGCGGCCUCCUGCUCCCUGGCUGCACCGGCUGCCAUGGCCGCCUGGAAGGACUUCUUUGAGUACGUGAACAGCUCCGACAAGUCCGAGCGGACCAACGCGGAGGAGAUUCUGCGCUACCUCUGGAGCGCCCACCAGGCGUCGCUGGAGGCAGCUCUCCCCCGGUUCUCCUCCAGGCUGGCCUUCCUGCCAGGACCGGAGGCCACGUUUGGCCAGGACUGGGCCGCCAUGGUGGCGUUCGUGGCAGCACUGCAAUUCCCCACAAACCAGGAGGCGACUCGCCGCUUCCAGACGCUGUUGCCCCCCCGGGUCCUCCGAGUCGGCGACUCUCCCCCCGACGUGGCCGACCUCAGCCCGCAGGCCAACCGGGCCCUGCAGGCCUUCAGUCGACUGCGGUGGGCCAACGACCUCGUCGGUGGCCUCUUGGACAAGGUGUUUCGUGACGUCGUGUGCAGGAAGGAGGACCGCCAAGUGGUCCUCGAUGCUGUGGAGAAACUCCUGGCUGACGACGAAGUCCACGCACUGCCGGAUCUGGUGCUGAGCGUGGCAAGCAGCGCCGUGUUUUCGGCUCUGCGCGGCCACCGCGCGCCUUGCUCCCCCGCGCGGCCUCGCCCAUAGAGUCGGACGAUUUACUGCGAAGGGAAUUAAUAUAUUUGGACGAGAGGAGGAAAUUCAAAAAUGUUAAAGCACGUGCCCGCUCUCUAUAGUGCGGACAUUAAUCGAAGCGAAUUAUAAACGCCGCUAAGCUGAACUUGUCUUUGAGUAGCAAAUUGUAUUAAAUCAGAACGCACAAUUACAAUCUCUCACCCACCAUGCGUCCAUUCACGUCCCUUUAAGAAAUGAUUCGUGAUAAAGGAUUAGACACAUUUAGUAACCUGAACUCUGUCCACUCAGCAGUCUGAGUACAUCACAUAGUUGAGCGGCUGGUCGCGUGUAAUGGGGUAAGGUGUUGUGCUUCCAGCUAUUCUUAGAUGUACGGCCAGCGUGGAAGAGUAGGCCAAACUGCUCUCUAGAGCUUCCUAGAUUGGAGGGCCUUCCCACAGGAGUGGCGUGUGCAGUACAUUUCAGGGCUGCACCUUUACCUUUACGAUUGUCUCUCAUACAUAUUCAUUCACGAAGAAUGAAUGAGUAAUAAACGAUCAUACACAUGGUCACGUAGACAGA